AUGGAGGCCAGGCUUAAAGGGUUUAAGCUUGUGAAGGUUCUGAUCUGUAAUCAGACGAUAUAUUUCGCACUUGCAGUAUCUUGCUGUGUUUUCAACAUCAUGGAAUUCAAAGUGAAGAUAAGCAACGAUAAUUUAGCAAUUUUCCUCCAACAACUUGGAAGCCCAUCAUUCCUAUGCGUCCUAGGAAGUCGACUGUUCUAUAACUUGAAGGAAGCUGGAAAACUGGGAGUCAACGAGGGUACAAGCUAUCACAUGAAAUCCGUGAGCAUCAUUGAAUUUGAAGAGCCGGUGAAUAGCGAAGUCAGUGCGAACGAGGUUGAAGGUUCUCAGGGUGCAUCACAGGUGUAA